AUGAUCAGGACCUCCAUCACCUCCAAACUGGAAAACCUGCCAACCGGCCACUCCGACCGCACCAUGUCCAUGCGCCUCCCUCUGAAGAACAAACAGUAUGCCACGCUCUUCAGUGUGUACGCCCUGACUCUCCAAGCUAAACCUGCACAAAAAGACAGGUUCUACUUGGAGCUCCGCGGCCAUCUCCAAAGCAUCCCUGCAGACGACAAGGUAAUCUUGGCGAUUUCAACGCCAGAACACGGCGUUGGAAACUACAACAACAAUGGGCGCUUGCUGUUGGAGCUUUGCACUGAGCAGCAACUGGUCAUCACCAACACCAUCUUCCAGCAAAAGGACAGAUUGAAAACAACCUGGAUGCACCCUCGGUCCAAACAUUGGCACCUCAUAGACUACGUCCUAGUGCGCCAAAAAGACCUCAAGGAUGUCCUUCACACCAGAGUGAUGCCCAGUGCAGAAUGUCACACUGCGCUGCAAACUCAGGCAGACCUACAGUCCAAGCUUGAGAGCGUCGACUGCCGCAAAGACCCCUCACCUGAAACACUCUGGGAUCAACUGAAGACUGCCAUCCUGCAAACAUCUGAAGAAGUACUUGGGUUUACCACCAAGAGGAACAAAGACUGGUUCGAUGAGAACAACCAAGAGAUCCAGGAACUGCUGACGAAAAAGAGAGAAAACUCAGCUUGCGCAGACACUGGUGACUACAGAGGCUUCUAUGAAGCCCUAAAGGCAGUAUAUGGUCCUACUCACCACGUCCAGAGUCCUUUGCGCAGUGCAGAUGGCCAGGCGCUCUUCACAGACAAAACUUCCAUCCUGAGCCGUUGGUCCGAGCACUUUCAGGCCCUCUUCAGCGCUGACCAUGUCGUCCAGGACUCAGCAGUUCUCCGCAUUCGUCAGAAGCCAGUCAUAGAGGAAUUGGAAGAACUACCAUCUAUAGAAGAAAUUUCAAAAGCCAUAGAGCAGCUGAAGUGUGGCAAGGCAGCAGGAGUUGAUGGGAUCCCACCAGAGAUCUGGAAAGAUGGGGGACCAACACUACACAGCAAGCUCCACGAACUCCUUGUCUGUUGUUGGGAGCAGAGCAAGCUUCCAAGAAACCUCCAUGAUGCAGUCAUUAUCACUUUGUACAAGAACAAAGGAGAAAAGUCGGACUGCUCAAACUACCGGGGGAUAACAUUGCUCUCUAUCGCGGGAAAAGUCUUCGCCCGAGUGCUUCUGAACAGAUUGCUACCCACCAUCGCUGAAGACCACUUCCCAGAAACCCAAUGUGGAUUCAGGACCAACAGGGGCACCACAGACAUGGUGUUCGUCCUCAGGCAGCUCCAAGAGAAAUGCCGGGAGCAGAACAAAGGGCUGUACGUGACUUUUGUGGAUCUGACCAAAACGUUUGACACUGUGAGCAGGAAGGGGCUAUGGAUGAUCAUGGAACGCCUUGCUGCCCCCCAAAGUUCCUCAGCAUGGUCAUCAAUUGCACAAUGA